AUGGGAUUCUUGCAAUCAAUCGAGUGGAAGAAGAGGAUCAAAAUGCGUGUGUACAUCAGAGCCGUCAUUGGUUUGAUCGGAGUCCUACACAUCGGAAUGGGCAUUUGGGUGGCGAUUCAGGCGGAUGCGUGAGUUUUGGGGCGCCUUGAAAACGUUUUCCUGCAUUCUGUAGAUCAGGAAUUACCUCCUAAUCAUUUGUUUUUGCAGUGAAAGUGUAGCGGUUUCACCAAUCGAAGCAGCACUGAUGAAGCUUGGUGAAAAAGGCUAUACAGACCACAAUUCCCAAGCAAAAGCUGCAUUCAUGCCAUUCAUCGUCGGCAUUUUUUGCCUCAUUUUUGCAGUCACCCAAUUCUACGUCAUGUUCUAUGUCCUAUUCAUUCUGGUUUUGCUGGAAUCGAUAUUUUUUGUCUGGUCGUUAGUCUCUGUUGUUGCCAUCAAUAAUCAUCAAAAAGCACAUUAUGAUUUGAUUAAUUAUACGGCCAAAGCAAUGUUAAAAAAAGCAAAAGAAGAAGCAGAAAAAAAGAAGAGCGGUGGUUCCUCCUCUUUUCUUGACGGAAUAAGACAAAAGGUUAUUAAUCUCGCAAAUAAAGUUGGCUUGGGAGACCUUGUUGAGAAGGCUAUUGACUUUGUUGGAAAUUUCAAUAUUGCUGGCUUCAGUACUCAGGAAAAAAUUAGCGAUGGUACCGAACCUUAUCGGCCCUAG